AUGGGCCAGUUUAAGUCAGCGCUCAGCACCCGGGGGGGUGGGCAGUUCCUAGGAGCUGACAGCGGAGGGAAGGAGCAGCAACAGCGCCCUGAGAGCUGCCGCACAGGCAGAGGGGCUGCCAGCGCACAAGGGCCCUCCCAGCGGCCAGGGCCAGCUACAGGCGACCGCUUGGACCUGCAUCAGAACCCACACUCGGAUCCUGUAAGCAGACACCAGCAGUUUGAACGUCUUGGAAGCCCAUCUGUUUUGCGUGGAUCCACACAUCACUCUCGCCUCUCCCUCUGGGCUGCAGGCCCUCUGUGGACAGGGACCCGGCCCCUCGCUGGAUCCCCAGCACUAACACCUUGGAGACCGCGUUACUCAGACACCUCACAGAGCACACAACGAGCAAUCGAUGAAAAAGUGUUCGCAAGCCACCGUGAAGGCUGGGAGACGCCUGUGCCCUCCCACUGUGACACGGGAGCCUCUGGACACAUCUACACCACCAGCCCCGGGCUUCUCGGCCCCACAAGUUCUGGAAACCACCUGCUCAGCUCUGGCCCAGACCUUGCCAACUCUCCCCAUGGGAAACCGGCCUCUUGCUGGCAGGGAGGGAGCAGAUGGAGGCCGCAGUCCUCAUGGCCUUGGCUAACCAGAAUCACACGAGGAAACCACAAAAGAAAAAAAGGAGGAAAGACGGACUUUCCUGAAACAAAAAGGAUCCAGAGAGACCCGGGCUGCCAGUCGGUCUCGCCAGCAGGGCUCACAUGGAGGGCAUCGCAGUGCAGGAGGACACGGUGGGCACAGAACAAAAGACCCUGUAGUCUCCCUACAAGAAGCCCACCAAGCCCAGAGCUGAGGCAGAGCCAAGCAGGUGGCCAGCCUCACGGGAGAACCUCGCCAGCACCCUGUGCCCUGGGGCUCCCGCGGCAGAGGGUCCCCAGGCUCCAGGCGCGGCUGGCCUCCCUCCACCACGGCCGGGUGGUUACACCAGGAGACGGAGGGGCGGGGGAGGGGCCCACCUCAGUCCUGAUUUGGAUUUUCCUGGAGGAGACACUGGAGCUCGGAAUUCACCCGAGCAGAGCCAGGGCAGAUGGCAAGAGCAGGUCCCGGCCUGACGCCAAAAAUGUCACAGGGAGUCCCCAGUGCACACACACAGAAUACCCCCAAAUCGGUUAGGACGGUAGGUUUUGAACAGUGGGGACUCCCUUCUAACAGAAGCAAUGCUCAGAGGGGGUCCGGGUGACUUCCCCUGGCCCCUGGGUUCUGCAGCGCCUGCAUGGAAUGCCUUCUCGCUCUGAGGGGCCGAGGAGGGCCACGGGGGCAGGCGCAGGCCAGCAAAAGUCAGGAGCAUGGCUCGAGCCGGUUUGGCUCAGUGGAUGGAGCAUCAGCCUGCGGACUAAAGGGUCCCAGGUUCGAUUCUGGCCAAGGGCACAUGCCCAGGUUGUGGCUCAAUUCCCCCAUUAGGGGGCGUGCA